UCUAGCCGCCCGCGCCGCCCGGGCCGCUCCGGGGACGGGCCGGGGCGGGGCGCGGUCGCAGGAAGCCAGGCGGGGACGCGCGGAGGCGUUGGGGAGCGAGGGAGGGCGCGGCCAACUCCCGGAGGGACGGCAGGCCGAAAGAGCGGCGCCGGGGCCUGGCGCGCAGCCUGAGAUCGCCGGACCGCAGGCCGUCCCACCACGGGCUCUGUCCCGGCCCCAGGCCCCCCGCCAGCAUGGCCGGCCGGACCGUGCGGGCCGAGACCCGGAGCCGGGCCAAAGAUGACAUCAAGAAGGUGAUGGCGACCAUCGAGAAGGUCCGGAGAUGGGAGAAGCGCUGGGUGACUGUGGGUGACACUUCCCUUCGAAUCUUCAAGUGGGUGCCUGUGGUGGAUCCCCAGGAGGAGGAGAGGCGGCGGGCAGGAGGCGGGGCAGAGAGAUCCCGAGGCGGCCGGGAGAGGCGAGGCAGGGGCACCAGUCCCAGAGCGGGUGGCCCCCUCAUCCUGCUGGAUCUCAAUGAUGAGAGCAGCAACCAGAGUUUCCAUUCAGAAGGUUCACUGCAAAAGGGCACUGAGCCCAGCCCUGGGGGGACACCCCAGCCCAGCCGUCCUGGAUCGCCUACUGGACCCCCGGAAGCGAUUACGGAGGAUACUCAGCCCCCACAACUGGGCCAAGAGAGAGACCCAGGGGGCACACCCGCAGGCGGUACUGAGGACCCCCCGAAGCUGACCAAGGAGGAGCCUGUUCCAGAAUUACUGGAAGCUGAGGAUUCUGGAGUGAGAAUGACCAGGAGAACCCACCAAGAGAAAGGCUUGAAAACGGAGCCCCUCAGGAGGCUUCUUCCCAGGAGAGGCCUCCGGACAAACGCACGCUCCACUCCCCCGGUGCCAGACACCAGAGCUCCGGGAGGUGGGAGCAAGGCCCAGAGGGCACCCAGGACGAUACCACAGGGGAAGGGGAGGUGAGCGGCCACCCAACGAGGCGAGGCCCUUAGGUCUUCUUUAGCUGCCCCAAGACCCAGUCGCCGACUCGCACCAUGUGAGGGUGGAGAGAGCUUCGGAGCUGGACGCCUGCUGUGUGUGCUUGGAGGUAGGCAGCCAGCUCUCCACUUGUCCCUGACCCUAAAUCAUGGAUCCAUCUUGCUUGUUGUGGGUCCAAAACUGUGGUGCCUGGGGCAGGUCACAGACAAGGAGCGUCUGAGGACGCUGCGGGGUGAUGCCUAGAAGCAACUUGAAUAUACAGAAGAACAGAUGCUGGGCCGACUUGGCCACCUCUUCAUGCACCAGGGCAGCUACCCACCAAAGGCCAGGCAUGGGCCCCAGGGAGGCACCUUCGACCCUCGGAACCACAGGAUCUGCCCUGGUGGGCAGCGAGCAGUGUCUGAAGCAUUGGGCAGCAGGUCCUAGGUGCUCCCUUGCGGAGUCUGUGAUUGGCAUCAUAGUUCAUGCUUGUGUAGGAGUAUGCCCGUGUGUAGAGAUACCACUCCAACAAACACCUGGCAGCCACCCCCCUCCACGGGCCUUUGGACACUAGGCCUGCCAGUUAACCUUUGGCUGGAGAAGACACAUGCCAACCUUGCCUGUCAAGCGAGGGGCACACAUGGUCUAAUGACCCUUCAGGUCAGGCUCCGCCUCCUGCUGUAGGACCCAAUCCAGGAAUGGAUGGAGACUUGUAGUCCAGCCCCGAGCCUGCCAAACCUACCUGGAGAGACUACCCAUUUUGAGGAACCCAUGGCAAAUGGGCCAUUUGAGUGGUUCCAAGGGCUUUCAUCAACCUCUUGCCUCCUGACUUAACAAUGUGUUGGGCCUGCCUGCCAGGGAAUGUCUCCCACUUUUGAGGGCUUAUUAACUACAUACUGCAAUUUGUGGGAAUUAUUUAGUACGCUAUUCCUAUGUCAUAGAUCCUGUUACUUUUACAUUUUACAGAUCUGGAAGCUAAAUAGCCAAGAGGUUGAAGAGCUUGCCCUAGGUCACGCAGCCUGCCUGUGGCAGAACCAGCCACCUGCCUGAGCCCACAGUUCCUGCUAGCAUACCACUUCUUGUGCUGGAUAUGCUGCCGGGGCUGAAGCCGUGACUUGUGAAAACAGUCAUUUAAGGAACAUCCAUUUUUCUCAGCGGAAAACUAUAUAGGACUUUAAAAUUUUUUAAUAUUUUUUAUUUAUUUAUUUUUUUGUCUCACUA